UUCUGAAUCCUUAUUAACUUAUUAUUUAAUAUGUAAUGAGUCACAGGCAAAUUCUUAGUUAAUUUUAUGAUCUGGUGUAGUCAGACAUUUUAACGACUCAUCGACAUAUCAUACUUUUUAACCUAAUGAUGUGCAGUGUCACUGACACUAGCAGCAUCUAGUGUUAAGGUGUAGUGGUGUACUAAUUUUGAACACAGAUAUUCAUUUCUUUUUUCUUUUUUUGGAGAAACAAGUGUACUGAAGCAGCAUCUGGAAAAGAAUGCGAGUAUCAAAUUGAAAAUAUAAAGACUUAAUCGAGCUGAACCAAAUGGGGGGCAUCGAAGACUUGUAUUCUUGUAAUGGUUCAUUUGGUUGUGGAUUGUAUCCAAAAUAUCGCAGAUAUUUACUAGCAUAUGGAGCUAUUUCUUCUGUGCUUUCCAAGUACUGUGUGUUACAAGUCCAGCAAGAUCACCAGUUCAAUCCGUAUUGUUCAUUACAAAUGGAUACCGAUUUGUAACAGAUAUUUGAUUAGUUGGGAAUGUGUGGCACUAUUUUUGUAACCUAUUUGCAUAGGACCCUACAAUUUUUUUGGAUUUUAUUCAGUUUUUUUUCCAGUUUUACAUAAAAAAUGGGUUCAAGAUGCUAUUUUCCCAUUUUCAAUUGCUUCUGCUCAAACAGAAGUAGGCUUGAGACUACUAUUUUUCUGUGAUGUUAGUGUUUCCAUUGUUCAGAAAAAGGAGGGUAGUGGGAUUAUAGCUACCUCAAUUAUUGUUUAAAACAUGCUCACUAGCAAGGAUGCAAUUAGUUUUUUAAUUGGGCUUGUCAAUUGAACAGAGCCAUCAGUCAGCCAGCUAGCCACUAAGUCAUCUGUUUAAUAUUACUUGUUUUCUUAGCUCUUUGCCUCUUUUCUUAUUUUUCAUUUUCAGCAUACUCUGACAUUUUGCCUAAUCCUUUCCAUAUACAGAAUCAGAGCAUGAUAUAAGCAAUGUCGAAUGCAGGCCAGAGACAACUUAAGAGCUUAGUCUGAUGUCGUCGCAUCGAUCCCCAAUUUCCCGACGUGGUGUGGGGCGGCUACACAGCACCGGAUCUCCGACGAAAGCGCUGGAUUUGUCAUGGGUUCAAGAUGGGAUGGACCGCAACACGGCUUGUAGAUUUGCCAUCCGCAUCCCUAGCUAUCAGGAGCAUGGUACACAUGUGAUUCAUGCCACCUGCAAUAAGAACUGGGUUCGUGAUAAGGAUACAAUUUCAUGGAUGGAUUUCUAUACUGACUUAGAUGCUGAGAUAAAGCGAAGCAGUGCCCAAACUUUAUCGGUGAGCUUUUGGGACAAGGUUGCAUGUGAGUAUAGCGACAUUGAUUCUGAUUCCUCAUUGCUUGCUGCAAUUGAUAUGUAUGGGGACAUUAGACGGCUUCCUGUGGUAGUUUCAGUCAUUAACCAGCCCAAUCAUAAUAGCAGUUUAUGUAGUGAAGUUGAUAUUGUUGAUAUGAAAUCAAAUCAGCUUUUGAUAUGCAGCACUGAAAUCAAAUCAGAUCUAGUUGACAGUGCACCUGAUCUUGUUACUAAUGAGACUAAUUAUCCUGAUUUUCGUACCAAUGAUCCUUGGGGUGAAAAUGAUGAAAUAGAGUACGUUGGAGUAGAUGAUGAGCCUGUUGAGCCUGCUGAACCUGCUUCUAACAUUGGCUUUGAUUACAUUCCUGACACUGAUGAAGAAGAUAAUGAUGACUGUGCUAUUGAUGAUGAGGAAAGUUGUGAUGUGGUUGAGCAUAUAACUGACUUAGAAAACCCCAAGAUUGCUGUUGGGGUGACAUUUGAAGAUAGAGACACUUUCAUGAGAGCUAUUAGACAGUAUGCUAUUCUGAAUGAGGUUGAAAUUGUAGCUCGUUAUAAUGAAGCAAGGAGGUAUAGAGGAUAUUGUAAAGUCAAGAAGUGCAAGUGGAGAAUACAUGUAUCACAACUGCAGGAUGAAAGGACAUGGCAGAUUAAGAAGAUGCCUAACAAGCAUUAUUGCAAGAGCACUAGUAAAGUACAGAACAAUUGCAUGGCUAAUCAAUUCUGGGUUAGGGAUAGAGUAAUCCAAUGGUUGAGACAAGAUCCCACAAUUGGAGCUUCUGCUUUGAAGAACAAGUUGGAGGAGAAGUACUUGAUCAAGUUGUCAUACUGGAUUGUCUACAAUGGCAGGGGGUUAGCACUUGAUGAGGUCUUGGGCAAAUGGGAGGAUAGUUUUGACUAUGCUUUUGCAUUCAAGGCAGAGAUAGAGAAAGGCCCCUGGCAGCAUAGUAGAGAUAGAUUGUGAAAAGGUUGGGUCCAAGAUGAGAUUUAGUAAGAUGUUUGUUGCUUUGAGGACAUGUAUUGAUGGAUUCAAAAAUGGGUGCAGACCAUAUUUGGGCAUUGACUCCACUGCUCUUACUGGAAGGUGGAAGGGGCAGCUAGCUGCAGCUAUAGGCAUUGAUGGACAUAACUGGAUGUUUCCCGUGGCAUAUGGUGUAUUUAGAUCAGAGACACAAGAUAAUUGGGGCUGGUUCAUGAACAAGCUUGCAAUGGCAAUUGGAUCUCCACCUGGACUUGUCAUUUCAACUGAUGCUGGGAAAGGUAUUGACAUAGCAUUGACAAAAGUCUUCACCAAUGGUGUAGAGCAUAGGGAAUGCAUGAGGCAUCUUUACAAAAAUUUUAAGAAGCGAUAUCGUGGAAAGAUCUUUGAAAAGAACCUCUGGCCAGCUGCAAGAGCUUACAGGAAGGACAUAUUUGACAAUCACUAUAACAUCAUGAAGGCAUCAUCCACAAAAGCAAUGAAAUGGAUUGAGGACAAUCACAAGCACUUAUGGGCAAGAUGUUAUUUCUCUACAGCUAGCAAGUGUGACUAUGUGACCAAUAACAUUGCUGAAGCCUUCAAUAACUGGAUAAAACAUGACAAGUCACUGCCUGUGAUAGAACUGAUGGAUACAAUUAGACAAAAAAUCAUGGAGAAAUUGUAUCAAAGAAGAACUCUAGCCAUGAAGUUGACUAGUAAAGUGCUGCCACACAUAAUAAAGUCUCUCAAUGCAAAGAGUAGAGGACUGGUUGGAUAUUCAAUCCACAAAAGUGUUGGUCACAUGGCAGAGAUCAGUGGUGUUUAUAGGGAUUUGACACCUUGGAGACAUAUUGUUAAUCUGGAACAAAGAACUUGCACAUGUAAGAGAUGGGAGCUCACUGGACUCCCAUGUAAUCAUGCAAUCAGUUUGAUAUGCUCUUAUAGGGGUCUAGAGUUGGAGGAUUAUGUCGACAGCUGCUACUUUGUGUCAAAGUUCAAAUCAGCAUAUGAAGGUUGGAUGGAACCAAUACCAGACAAGAGUAUGUGGCCUCAAGUACAACUAGAAUUCAAGCUGUGGCCUCCAGUACUCAAGAGGGCAGCAGGUAGACCAAGGAGUAGGAGAAUAAAAUCAGUUGCUGAGGGUGGUAGCAAGAAAAGAAAGAGAUGCAAGAGAUGUGGUCAGUUGGGACAUAUGCAAAAAACUUGCAAUGAGACAGUGUAUGACUCAGAUGAUCCACCUCCUGCACAACCAAAACCAAACAGUAACAAAGCCAAGAAGGAGAAAGUAGCAGCCAACACAAGCACACCUAAAAAUAAGAGGACCAAGAAGGAGAAAGUAGCAGCCAGCACAAGCACACCUAAAAAUAAGAGGACCAAGAAGGAGAAAGUAGCAACCAGCACAAGCACACCUAAAAAUAAGAAGACCAAGAAGCAAGUGAACACAAAAGUAGGAGCCAGCCCAAGUACACUAGAGAAGCUGCUAUAUGCACCAUCAACACCAACUAGCCCAUUUGAUCUAAAGUGUAGUCCUGGAGCACUAACUAGGAGCCGAGCUAGGAGAAUUGCAGUGGAGGAGGCUGAGGUGCAUGGAACAAUGGCACUUGCCUAUCUAAUGAAUGCCUGAUGCGUGUGGUUGUUUGUUUGUAAUUUUUAAUGGCAAUUAGAUCCCUAAAUGGACUUGUAAUGGCACUGCAACUUGCAUCACGAACUUGCAUCCAGUCAACGUCUUUUGGCAUGCCAAAUUGAUGUAAUUUGGGACAUGUUGUCUCCUCAAAUAUGUUGACUGGACUUGUAAUGGCACUGCAACUUGCAUCAUGAACUUGCAUCCUUACAAUUAUGAUAUGCUAGUCAAUUAUUGUACA